AUGGGGGCAGAGAUGGAAGUUAUACAGCUGCGAGCCCAGGAACACCCGAGAAUGCUGACGGCCGCCGGGAAGCUGGAGGAAGCAAGGAAGGGCCCCCUCCAGCUUUCAGAAGGAGCACAGCCUGCUGGCACCUUGAUUUUGGACUUCUGGCCUCCAGGACCGCAAGCCACCUUGCGGACGCCGCUACCCUGGAGCCUCCCGCGCUGCUCAGCCACAGUCAACCCCACCGUGUUCUUCGACAUCGCCACCGACGGCGAGCCCUUGGGCCGCGUCUCCUUCGAGCUGUUUGCAGGCAAAGUUCCAAAGACAGCAGAAAACUUCCGUGCUCUGAGCACUGGGGAGAAAGGCUUUGGUUAUAAAGGGUCCUGCUUUCACAGAAUAGUUCCGGGAUUUAUGUGCCAGCGUGGUGACUUCACACUCCAUAAUGGCACUGGUGGCAAGUCCACCUAUGGGGAGAAAUUUGAUGAUGAGAAUUUCCUCCUGGAGCAUGCGGGUCCUGGCAUCUUGUCCACGGCAAAUGCUGGCCCCGGCACAAAUGGUUCCCAGUUUUUCACCUGCACUGCCGAGACUGAGUGGUUGGAUGACAAGCAUGUGGUUUGGGGCAAGGCGAGAGAGGGCAUGAAUAUUGUGGAAGCCAUGGAGCGCUCUGGGUCCAGGAAUGGCAAGACCAGCAAGAAGAUCACCAUUGCUGACUGUGGACAAAUCUAA